AUGCAAUACAAGAAAUUCACAGUCGUCUGCGAGGGUUUUGAUUCUGAUCUGUUUGCGUGGAAACGAUUAGACCAUGUGAUACUGCCAAAAGGCGAAUUUUUACAGAUUUCAAGCGUACCGGUAUCGAAUAACCGGUUCUUGCAUUGGUUAACGACGUCAAACAAAAAUGUGUUCCGGUUUUGUAUGAAAACCGAAACAUGGUCACUCCUCCCACUUCCAAACGAUUUAUUGUACUCUUCUUCCCUCGUUUUAACUAAUUACGAAGGUAAGCUAGGCAUCAUUCGUUGGAGACCGAAAAGCGGACGAGAAUUAAAGUGGACUUGGGUUUUGGAUAGCACUUUUGGAAAAUCGUGGGUGAAUCCGAAAGAAGAGAAAAGUAUUGUGGAAGAAGAUAAAUUUGUUAAACCUGUGUGGUUACAUCCAAGUAACGACGUGAUACUGAUGGCUGGUUUCGAUUGGGUCGGCCUUUACAAUAUGAAGACUAAUAAUCGCAUGAAACCUCAACGUUUCAAGGUAAGUCUUCCAUAUUCGUUCGACUACACUUCUUCUUCCGUUAAUUAUUUCCCUUUUCGUUCUGAUUACGAGAAACUUGAUCUGAACGAAGAUGAUGUUGAAAAAUCUAACGAUAGAAGUUAA